UAAAGUUGCUCAAAUUCGCUUUUAUUUUGAUUAUCAGCCCCGUACUGUGCGCCUACUUCCGGUUCCGGUCUGAUUCUAGGUUGAAACGUUUCGGUUUUACUCGGAUCUUACCCGGUUUUUAAAGAUGGGGGAGGCCGACGUGACCCUCAGUCAGACCGAGGAGAAGCCUCCGGACGCGGCUCUGGUUCCCGGGGAGGACUCGGUGGUCUGGAGCCACGAGGUGGAGGUCUGUCUUUUCCACGCGAUGAUCGGACACAAACCAGUGGGAGUGAACCGACACUUCCACAUGAUCUGCAUCCGGGAUAAAUUCAGCCAGAACAUCGGGAGGCAGGUUUCUUCCUCUGUUAUCUGGGACCAUCUGGGGACCAUGUAUGACAUGCAGGCUCUGCACGAGUCGGAGAUCCUGCCGUUUCCGAACACGGAGAAGAGUUUCUCGCUGCCGGAGGAGAUCAUCCAGGAGGUGAAAGGAGGUGAGUCUGGCUCAGAGGAGGAGAUCAAGGAGGAGUUCAGGAUGGAGAGAGAACCUCCUGCUACACAUGAAGAAGGAAGUAACUCAUCUGUGAAGAUGUCGGAGCGAAUGAGCAGCAGUCGGGAAAAAGAGAAGGAGCGCGACAAGGAGAAGGGCGGAGGAGAAGGAGGAGCAUCAGCAGCAGGAGGAGCGAAGGAGGCGGAGAAGAGGAAGAGGAGCCGAGCCACAGAGAAACUGCUGUCGUCUUCCAACCCGGCGAGUCCGGGAGGCGCCAAGAGGAGGCGCACCUGAGAGCUGGACUCUGAUUGGCUGCCUUACGCUGACCUCUCCUCUCAGCAGGAAGUGACACGUUUGGACCCCCAGUUCAUUUUUUGUAGCUUUUUGUUUUCCAUGUUCAUUUUUCCCAUGAUGCCGAGCAGAACUCUGGACCGAACGCGGCUCUGCUGGAAGAACCGCUGCAGUUCUGCUGCAGUUCUGCUCCAGACUCCGGUCGGCCCGGUUCUGGAGAACUCAGCCGCUCCAUCCUCCAGGCUGCUGGGAUCGCUGUUGAGUCGGACCUUUGGGAAUGUUUCUCCUUCUGAAAUCUGCUGCAAACAAGCAGAAAAACACAUUUAUGAUUCUUUAUUCUUUCAUAUUUUUAGCUGAUGUUUAGUUUCAGUUUCAUGCAACAUGGGAUAUUUUUUAAAUGUUUUUGGUUUUUAUUUUUAUUGAAAUAUUUAUUUAUGAUGACACGACUGUUGGUGACAUUAAAGAUGAACUCCUCA